ACCUCUAUUUAUAUUCCCACAUUGCUUCACAUUCUCCUCAUUCAACUUCCUCUUAGUUCUUCACAUUUUGUCUACAUUUUCUUUCAAACCCUAAACAUAAAUGAAAAUGGCUAUAAUUGGAAUUGUUCUUGCUGGUUUUCUUCUGAUGGUGUCAUCUGUUCAUGGCUAUGGAGAGUGGAUUAAUGCUCAUGCCACCUUCUAUGGUGGUAGUGAUGCCUCUGGAACAAUGGGUGGAGCAUGUGGUUAUGGAAAUCUGUACAGCCAAGGCUAUGGUACAAACACUGCAGCACUGAGUACAGCUCUGUUCAAUAGUGGACUGAGCUGUGGAUCAUGCUAUGAAAUUAAGUGUGUGAAUGAUGGAAAAUGGUGCCUGCCAGGGUCCAUUGUGGUCACAGCCACCAAUUUCUGCCCACCAAACAAUGCCCUCCCAAAUAAUGCAGGGGGUUGGUGCAACCCUCCCCUGCAUCACUUUGAUCUCUCCCAGCCUAUCUUUCAACACAUUGCACAAUACAGAGCUGGAAUUGUCCCUGUUGCUUACAGAAGGGUACCCUGCAGGAGAAGGGGUGGUGUCAGGUUCACCAUUAAUGGUCACUCCUACUUCAAUUUAGUACUCAUAACCAAUGUUGGUGGUGCUGGUGAUGUUCAUGCAGUGUCAAUCAAAGGGUCAAGGACCGGUUGGCAGCCAAUGUCAAGGAACUGGGGUCAAAAUUGGCAAAGCAACUCCUAUCUUAACGGUCAAAGCCUCUCAUUUAAAGUCAUCGCCAGUGAUGGUAGAAGUAUAGUGUCCUUCAAUGUUGUCCCACCUAACUGGUCUUUUGGACAGACUUUUACUGGAGGGCAAUUCAACUAAACAGAGUGUUAGACAAUAGUCGAUAGUAUUAUUUUACUGUCUUGAAAGUGUUAUAUUUAGUAAUAUGUAAUAGGUGUUUGAUUUUAACUAAUAUGGUCACUAGUAUUAGUAUUGUGACCUGAGAAGGGCAUAUUUGAAAAUGUCAUUCUUUUUAUUUUGCCUUUUUAUCCCUGUCCUGCAAAAGGCAGAAAAUAGCAGAGGUGGAUAUGGUACCACCCGCCAUCCAAUUGAAGACAUGUAUUAUGAAGAUUGUUUCACUUUAUGGUUGGAUUUGUACUACAGAAAGAUGUAAAUUUAAUUUCACUAGUAAUGGAAUGGAGUGCCUAUUUAUAUUUA